UUUUAACAAAGGAAUGCAUGUGGUGAUUAAGAGAUUUGUCUCAUUUUCUGUAGUGCAUUUCAAAAUCGGAAAUGGCAAUCAUCUUCAUGAGACUACAGAAUUUUGGAAAUCAUAAUUACUCCCCUUGUUUGAAGAUGGCUUCUUUCUCUGUUAUGAAAGCAGUCGUCAUCCUUUGCCUGGCAUCGACCAUCUCAGCAGUCAAAUGGCCACAAGGGACGUAUACGUUGGUAAAACCAGUUACCGGGUGUCCCCCGGGGUGGUUGGAGGGAUGGAGAUUUCAGGACAAUGAAAACGAUUAUAAUGCCAACUAUAUUAACAGAAAUCCCCAUCACUACUACGGCAUAUAUGGUACUAAGCCUAGAGAUUUGAAAUUUUCCUACUGUACCAAGGACGCUCAUGACUUUAACGAAGGGGGCAAUUGGCCAGCUGGAGAUUAUUGCAUCUUUAGACAAGGACCCUCAUGUCCUGCAGGUUUUGAUACUGGAGCUGUUUUUUGGGAUGACGAAAACACCAUGAACAUGAACAGAUACGGAGGAGUUUUACCCGAUGGAAACUAUAACAAUGAUACCUACAUUAACUUUUGCUGCAGAAAUGAUGGUUAUUGGAUGAACCCAAUCGAGCUUCCGACCACUCAACCAUUUUUUCUGUUGAGACACGCAUCCCAUUGUCAGACAGUGAAAGGAAUGACCAUCAUAGAAAUUGGUGUCUACUUUGGCAACGAAAUAAACUAUAAUAACGAUGGUGCGUUUGGAAACCAUCCAUAUCUAUUCGAAGUCCAUGGGCACCAAUUAUUCAUCGGGUACUGCUACUAUCAUCCAUAGUAUCAAUAAAACUUGACCACAUGGCAUUCUUAUCGUA